AUGGUUGAUAAGCAUUUGACGAAUAACCUCCUAAACCCAGAUGGAACGACACGGGCUGAUGACAACGACCGGACGCGGAGGGCCGUUGCGGAGGAACUGAGGGCUUGUCGAAUACGACAUGCAAAGAAGCAGAUCCUGAAACGGGCGACAAGGCAAAUCGCGCUGGAUUCGCGAAGUAGCUUACCAGAUGAACUACGAGAUACUGUUGCGAUAAUCUCUCUGUUCUUGGAGUCCCAAACCCCGCUCAACGAACUCGAUAAUGAUAGCUCAGGAGACGAUGGAAAUCAAUCUCUCCUCGAUCAGGACAUCAAUGACUUUCGUUCCAGUAUUCGUACCUUGAUACCACAUCUCUCAGACUUGCUCUCUUUGAAUCUCGACAGCCUUCGAGCGAUUGCAGAUGCUGUGACGAAUUCUGGUUCAGCCAGCUCGUCUUCAGAUGUGCCAUUUGCUAAUCAAUCACGGUCUCGCGCACGGGCACGAGUAUCUGAACCGUCUCUCUCCUCACAGCUCUCCGACAGGCAGCGCCGACUUCGCACCCUUCAGAUUUCUGAACUUCCGGCGUCACGGAGACAGAUGGCGGUGACUGCAGCAGCCGUUAUGGCGGCGCGUGCAGAAGUUAUGGAACACAUCGUUGUUCUCUUGGAACGAACGAAACAUGGAGCGUUGUCUCGGGCGUCAAAGGCCCAGGCAGAGCAUUUGGCAACAGUUGCAGAGGGAAUGGAGGGCAAGACUAGAGUGAUGAAGCUCGAGACCCUUGCAACCAUAUACACACCGGAGACAGUUGCAGCUCUUAAUAAUUACCGCGAACACCUACGGGAGACUCGACUGCGACUUGAGGAGAAACAAAAGAUUGCGACUCAGGCGUUAGAAGCUUAUGAAGCCGCUGAUCUCGGCCAGAAGAAUGGUGAUGGGGCUAGUACCGACGAGGGAGCGGCCAGCCGAAUGAGUAGGGGUGGUAAAGCUACAUCAGGAGCUAUGGUUGACAUAGCACGUCGGUACGGUGCCCUGGUUAAAGAAGUCGAAACCAUCAAGAUGGAGAUGAAGAGAUUAGGGGCCAUGGCGGACGAUAACAUCUCCAUUUACGACGAGAUCGAGAUCGAAGAUAUGACCUUCGAUCCCAACCUCCAGAUCUAUCACUACCCUUGUCCGUGUGGCGAUCGGUUCGAGAUUGCCAUCGCCGACCUCCGCGAUGGCCAGGACAUCGCUGUCUGUCCGAGCUGCAGUCUGAUGAUCCGGGUGAUUUUUGACCAUAGUGAUCUUCCAAAAGACGAUUCGGAGCAGCAGAAGGCGCCUUCUCAGAUAGCCGUUCAGGCGUAA